UGAUCUGAGUCACACCGGAAGUGAAGACAGAAGUUGCAUGUUCUAAAAAACUUCUCGCUUCGCAAAAGACAGAAGUGUGUUUGUCUGAGCGGACGCUUCACUUUCUAACCUCACUUACUGUGCUGUAACGUGGAGUCACAAGAAACCACCAUGCUCGUCAGGACGGCGUUUAUUAUCGCAUUUGUUGCAUCUGCGGCGCUUGCGGAGUCUGUCAAGUACCAUGAUUGUGGGUCAACAAAAGGAGAGAUCGUGUACGUUGAUGUGAGUCCUUGCCCGAAACUGCCAUGUGAUCUGAUCAAAGGUGGAAACACCAGCAUUGCAGUUAAGUUUACAUCAAAGGAAGUAGUGAACAAUGCCACGGCUGUCGUCCAUGGAAUCCUGGCAGGUGUUCCUGUUCCCUUUCCUCUCAACAACCCUGAUGGCUGUAAGGACUCAGGGCUGGUGUGUCCCCUCAAGGCAUCCACAACAUACUCAUACACUGCCGUUCUUCCUGUGAAAUCAGUCUACCCUCAGCUGAAACUGGUGGUCAAGUGGGAGCUAAAGGAUGAGAAGAAGGAUUCCAUAUUUUGCUUUGAGGUCCCUGUCCAGAUUGUCAAAAAGUAGAGGGAUUUCUUGAUCUCUACAUAGCAUGGAGCUUAAGUUCUGGUUUGAUUCAGUGAUAUGCACCAGUUUGUGCUGCUUGGUAUAUUAUAUUUUAAGCACUUAAAAGUUACAUAUUACUUACAAAAGCAUUUCUACUGCACUACUGGUUGGUGUAUCUCAUUAAUACAUUGAAACAGUUUGAAAUAUGUCUGAGACUUGUUCAGUUUCUGUUUUCAACUUUUGUGUCAAGAUUUAUUGGAACAUUUUUUUUCCUUUCAGUGGAGCUGUCAGCAAAUGUAUUAUUUGACAUGAGAUGUCUAUUUGGAGCUUACAGUUCUUUAUUUUUGAUGUGUUCAUCAUUGUCAUUGAUCAUUGUAUUUAAAUUUCUUGUCUUCUCUGUUUUAUUUUUGUUAGGAGCUGGCUAUUGGUAUUUUUACAACACAUUCAACAACUUACUGGUAUUUUGGAAGCCCAUCUGUGUUGGUAGUAAUCAUAGUACAUGUACAAUGAUCCUCCCUGGCUUUUGAUACACCUGUAUGAAGUGCCUGUUACAAAGAAUGACACACUAGUACACACAGUAUGUGUGUAACUAGGUGAAAUUUAGAUUCUACAUUAUGGGGCCAAUGUUCGUAUGGCAAUGAUAGCUUUUUCAUCUUUUGAUUCAUGUUUUCUUCUGACAAUGAAGCCAUUAAUCAGGCAGGAUUGCAUGUUGUCACUACCAUGUUCUUACUCCAUAGAGCUACAAUUUUCUGUUUAUAGGGUUCUAGAGAACAGGCAUUGUGGUGGUGUAACAAACCUAGAGCACCAAACAAAUGUAUCUCUCUUGAUAAGAGGAAAGGUCAAAAGAACAUGGACAAAAAAAGCUCAUCUGUGCAUUCUGUCAAAACCUGAGCCAUCCAGGACAAUAUUCUUCAAAACGUGUUCAGUACACGUCAGUUUUGAAUUUGAAUUACAGGACCUCAGAUUUAAACUGCAAUAUGCAAGGCAUGGCAAUAUUGCUCUGUGGUCUCUGUACCACGUACCAGUAAUCCAAAUAUUAGCUGUGUGUCACUGUCACAUGACUACUAGCUACUAAGCUCCUGUCCAAGUGUUGUGCUUUUCGACAUCUCUCCCCUUAACUACAGUGAACAUGGCCCAAAGGCUACUCAAGGUUUACCAACAAAAACAUUUCUACUUGAGUCUUUCUCUCUCAAUAGCUCUUCAUCAAGAAAUCCAUCAAGAGCAUUAACAGCAAAUCUUGGGCCACAAAUUAACCUCCAGGUUGAGAAAUGUAAAUCAAUAAUAUGUGGUCUGUAUUAUUGUUCUAGAAGUUUAUCUGUGCUGUUGUACCUGCCAAUGCUUCAAAUCUCCAUCAUCAAGAUUAUCAACCAAGCAAUCAUGUCAUGUAGAUACAUCCUCAGUUGUUUAUUUAGCCUAUUGUUUGAUACUUCAUUGGAUGUGCAUCAAUCUACAUCUGAACAUAACUGAUAGGCUUCUUAUACAUGGGGGUCUUUGCAUAUACAUGUACAUGAGUGUCGCUUGAAAUGUUUAGAACUUGAUGUAUGUUUCUGCUGAUACAAUGAAUUUGGAGAAUGAUUAAGUUGAUGAUAUGAGCUGAUAGAAGCUUUCAAUGGAUUUUACUGACAUUAUACAUUUAUAGGUAUUCAUGCACAACCCAUAACAUUGUGUGAACUAUGAACUAUACAUGAUUAUCAAAGUUGAUCAUAUGACUAAGGAUAAUCUCAGAGGCUACAAAUGUAUUUAGGAUAAAAAAAAUUCAUUCUAUUGAAAAUAUGGGCUAGAUAUUAGUUUUAAAACAUUUCAUAAUUCAAUUCUAGAAUGCUUUCCUUCCUCAGAGUUUUGGACUGUUAAUGAUUGCAGUGAAUGUUGCAUCUGUUUGUUCUACAUGUACGUUGAAUGUAGAUCACAAAUAUUUGCAAUCUUUUGGAAUAAAUCACUCAACCAAC